GUCCCCCUCCUUGACUUCCUCACCACACACGGCAAACGAUUUUCGCAUUCGGUUACCGGUUACGGGAGUGAGGAACCGGUAACCGAUUCAAGCGGAAUGUUUAGUGAUGAAUGCACCAAUAGGCACGCGGGAACGCACAAACGCCACGGCGAGAGGGCCGAGUCACCAUCCGCGCGGCGCGUUUGCUCCAUCGGUCUCUGUUGAAGGGGAGAGACGCCGCCUCACGCCGCCCCUUGGCCUACUCCUCCUCCACGUUGACCAACCGUGCUGUGCGGCACGAGGUGUGAGCUGUGACCCAGUGCACGAUGUCUGUGACUUACGAUGACUGCGCGGGCGUGGAGACAUCAAGCGAGAGCUUCUGGGAGGUGGGGAAUUACAAGCGGACGGUUAGACGCAUCGACGACGGAUACCGGCUCUGCAACGACCUCAUGGCCUGCAUCCAGGAGCGGGCCAAGAUUGAGAAGGUCUACUCCCAGCAGCUCACCGACUGGACCAAGAAGUGGAAAACGCUGAUCGAGCGCGGCCCGCAGUACGGCUCCAUGGAGCGCGCGUGGCAGGCCCUGAUGACGGAGGCCGACAGGGUGAGUGACCUCCACCACGAGAUGAGAAACCAGAUCAACAACGAGGACCUGGAGAAAAUCAAGAACUGGCAGAAGGACACUUUCCACAAGCAGCUUAUCGGUGGCUUCAAGGAGACCAAGGAGGCGGAGGACGGCUUCCGGAAGGCGCAGAAGCCCUGGGCCAAGAAGCUCAAGGAGCUGGAGGUGCUCAAGAAGGCCUACCAUCUGGCGUGCAAGGAAGAGCGUCUGGCCGUGAGCCGCGAGACCUCCACCAAGAGCGACCCCGGCGCGCCGCCCGACCAGGCGAAGAAGCUCUCGGACAAAGUUGAGAAGUGUCGACAAGACACUCAGAAGGCGAAGGAGCGCUAUGAGAAGGGGCUGGAGGAGAUGGGCCGGCACACGCCACAGUACACGGAGAACAUGGAGGCCGUGUUCGAGACGUGUCAGCAGCUGGAGCUCAAGCGCCUCUCCUUCCUCAAGGAGGUGCUCAUGGACAUCCAGCGCCACCUCGACCUCUCCACCAACUGCAGCUACGCUAACGUCUACCGGGAUUUCCGGCAGUCGAUUCUGACGGCGGACGAGCAGGACGACCUCAAGUGGUUCGCGGCAAAUCACGGCACCGGCAUGGCCACGAACUGGCCCGCGUUCGAGGAGUACUCGCCGGACGCUCCACAGACCACGAGCCGCAAGGAGAAGGGGGGAGGGCUACGCAAGACGGCCGAGGGGGGGGUGGCGCAGGGCCCCACGGAGUCGCCCAGCGUCCACGGAGGCUCGGCACGCGCGAGCACGAGCGAGGCGUCCGGCCCGGCGGACUGGUCCGAUGACGACACGCCGCUCGCAAGGGGUGGUUCUUCUGGGGGACGCAGCAACGGGGAUAAGAACCCCUUCGACGAGGCGGACGGGGGGUCCGCGGCCGGCUCCGGGAAUGGCGGAGGCCGAAUCCGUGCCCUCUACGACUACCAGGGCCAGGAGCAGGACGAGCUCAGCUUCAAAGCCGGCGACGAGCUGACCAAGCUGGAGGAGGAGGAUGAGCAGGGCUGGUGCAAGGGCCGCAUGGACGAUGGGACGGUCGGUCUCUUUCCUGCCAACUACGUGGAGGACAUCUGAAGCCCCUCCAAGCGACGCAUGGGCACCGCCCAGCGGUGUCCGUGCCGGCGGCCUGCACGGAUGCACGAGCUGAGCGUGCACUUUCGUAACUCGCAAAGCCCCGCGUGCGUGCGUGCAGCGUGCGUGCGCGCGUGUGGACGUGCACGGAUGUACACACUCGGAGUGCACGUCCACGCGUGGUUGUACGUACUCGCUGACCUGAAGGGGAUAAACACGACCGUGUACAUGGACACACACCACACAUCUGUGCAAUGGAACAUACGCCCGCACGCACGAACAGUGGCCGCACCACUGCCCCUUCCGUGCUGGUUUGUCCAGGACUUAAAUACAGCAUCGAAUACUGCCAUAGUCACAGCCUAUUCACCUGUACAGAACGUAGCUGAGGUAAUUUAAUAUCGGGUCGCUGGAAUAGAGGGGUUUAUUUGCCCAGUAGCUGGGGAGGAGGCGCCGCACGUCGGAGCCCCCCCCUCCCCCCCCCCGUGCUUCGUGUGCAUGAAUGGUGCGUGGCUUGUGACGUGUGCUGCAUGACGUCCAUGGUGCUUCUUGUCUCGAGCGCGCGCGCCGCGCGCACACCCUCUGCACUUCCAGUCCCGCGGGAUCCUAACCCCCUCGGGGGUAAAGGUGCAGCCGCUGCAACCGCCGACUCGCGCCCCUGCUGGCGGAAGGGGCCUCCGCCAGGGGGAGUUCCGCGCGGCGUGAGGUCCGCCGGGCCACGACGACCACGCGUGGUGGGAGCGGUGGACGUUCCGGCGCGGUGGGGAAAGCGACUUGGGAAUCGCGAGACGUGGGCGCGUGCCACCAGAUGGGUCCCCGCACCCGCUCGUGAAGUUCCACCGCUGACGACUCUUAUCCGUGACAAAGUGGGGGGGGAGGGGGGGGCGAACUUCGCAGAUCCUGUCCGUGAUCUUCCCAGGAACCGGCAGGCACCAUUCUCUUUGUAGGACGCUUCCAGCUUCCAAAGUGUGUGUCUGUGGCCUACAUAGGGACAUGGGCCUAGGUUACACGGCAAGGGCCUCCGUCCAGCACAAGCAGAGAAAAUGGUUCCGGGCCUUAAACGCUGGAGGAGCAGCACAAAGCUUUGACGGCACGUGCAGUAAAUACUCUGAACAUUGCUUGUGCUCACCUCCCUGGCUUUCCACAUUGACAUUGGGAAUCCCCGUCCGUGUCACAACCGGGAGGCCCUCAAGAGCAAGUGGGGAGGCGACGAGACGACUCUAGUCGCUGGCAAAAACCAACUGCACGGUUACGUUGACCCCACCAAACCUCCCCCCCCCCAUCCUCCCCCCCCCAAUAAGAAAUAGCGACACGCACAGGGGUGCUGCUUUCAAACAGCAGGAGGGUCCGACUCCCAUCGUGUCUUGCGUGCACGUCACGUGACCCCCACAUUGCAUGUGCAGUACUCGCUGCAUGUUGGGGUGGCCCCAUUGUUCAACUCUGAGUUACAGCCAUACUUUUUUCAAUGGCGAUACACCCAAACAUGCAGCCCUUGAGCGGGUGGUCUGGACAAGGCUGAGCGUAUUGCGCACGCAAUGUGCUGGUCACAUGAUAUGCACACAAGGCACUAUGGGAGUCGGGUGGUGAACAGCAUACCUUUGUGUUUAUAUAUGUAUGUGGUGAUGCAGCGUUGGCAGUGGUGCACAAGCAUGUAUAACAACGCCCUAAAUGGUGAAUAAGACUGGCCUUAAAAUGAAUAAUACAACAUACGACGUUUCGUGCAAUCGUCCUUAAUGGCACACAGAUAAAGAACGAACGUCGCCUGUUGUGCAUCGUUUUUCCUUUCAAGACCAUGGCGUUAUGAACGCACGCGUUGGGUUCUGUGCUGUGUGGACCUUCCUGCUGCGAGGGGAUUUCCCAUCGUUUACCGACAGGAUGGCCAUGGUCGGCCGUGGACGCGGGCCCACGCGGCCCGCGUCUACGUGUGCGGCGGUGACGCGCGGCCAAGGGGCCUCCGCCCUGGAAGCGGCUGUCGAAAACCGUUCCGUGCGCUUUCACCCUCCCAACACGUGUUAUUUUUAUUCCAUGGAAAAGUCACUUACACUUUAGUCCAUAAGUGUGUGCAGCCGCACACUUCUCAGUGCCCAGUCCACACUCCUUGCUUCAGAGGCCGCUUCAUGGACGUGCCAUUUGCGUUCAGAGUUUCUGCGGCCGCUCCGGGCCGAGUCGGUGUCGGGGCAGAGGGGCGCGACGCUCCCUGCGGCUGGGAUCGGGGACGGGAUGGAAUACAGGGAGGUCACUGCGGUUUGCGUCCUCGUUCUAGCGUUAUUUAUAUUGAUCGUGAAUGUGGAAUGGGUUCGUGUUCGAUGGUCCCGGGUUGUUGUGGAUCGGGUUUUGGGGUUCUUGCCGUCGAGUUGGAUGGCCGCCGUGUGACUACACGGGCAGCGAAGUGGCUCGCACUGUCGGGGUCGCAGACACGACAGGAGUGGGAUUUGUGUUAUUGGCUAAGGGUUCGUGCAUUGGGGUCAUGGUUCAUGUGAUGAAGUUCACGUCUUAGGUUCAGGGCUUGUUCUAGGGUCGGGGUUUGUGCGUUUAGGGUUAGGGCUUGUUAUCGUGUGAGGAUUCACGUUUUGGGAUUCCGUAAGUCGGGCAGGGCAUUCUCAAUUAGAAGUCUUCUCAUUGUGACGACCACUCUGACCCGCCAGAGUGUGGUGAGCAUGAGAGUGUUCCACUGAACUGUGCUUGUCUUUUCCACAACCCCAUGACGACAUUUUCUCUGUUAACGUCUGUGGUCCCGGUCACCUCGACCCCCCUCCCCCGUGCAGCCGUGCUCUGUAGUUCGUGAUCGCCGUAGAUUGAAGCAAUACGUUGAGUAGUGCCGUAGGCUCGUCCAUGUGCUCGUUUUUUGCUGUAACUUUACCAUUAAAUCUAUAAGAAAUGUGAUAAAUAUAAAAUACAAUUUCUUGAGUAUAUUAAAGUGAUACAUGAGAGAUGAUUUGCUGGUCAAUGUGAAUUAUAAUGAACAAUGUCGUAAAAUAAAAAUUUAAAAUCUG